AUGAGUUUUAGUGAAGAAAAUAUUAGUACAUCUACUUUUAUUAUAGAAAAAGAUAGAAAAAAUCUUGGUGGUCAUCCAGAUAGUCUUUCACUUAGCAAAUCAUUGUUCAAAGCAGAUCCAACAAUUAUUAGACAAUUUCUUUCAAAAAUUCUUUCUGAUGAUUCUGAAAAAAUUAAAUCUAAUAAAAAAAGAAAACAUAAUACUUAUAGAAAACUUGAUCAAUAUGUUAGUAUAAUAGAAUUAGAUCAACAAAAAAUUAAAAGAAUUCAUUUUGCUUGGGCUAAAGCUUUUGCUAUUUGUGGAAUUUCUUGGAAUAUUAUUAAAAAUCCAUUUUUUAUUGAAACAUUAAAAGAAACAAAUUUAUCUUAUAAAUCACCAACAUAUCAAUUUUUAUCAG